AUGCUCUCCCCUUUCACCAAGUUGUGUAUGUGGAACAUGUUGACUCACGAGAAACAGACGGCGUGCGGCAAGCCAUUGCUCAACUUCAAGAACCCUACCAAAAAUUUCACCCUCUGCAACGGCUGCAAGAAGACAGCCUCCCAGCACAUGAUCCGUGAAAAGUCACAGCCGGCAUACUUUGCAACUACCGGCUGCCCGAAACUGGAGCUCGCCCUCUACCUGAAGAAGCCCGACGGCUCCUCCCACUCGCGCGACGUUGGCAUGCUCGUCCCGCAAAAGGUCAAGACCUGGCUGUCACGACGUCAUUUAUCCGUAUAG